AUGAGUGGGGGUACUACAAACAGCAAAGGAGGAGGAGGAGGUGGUAGUGGUAGUAAUCCAACUACUAAUACUGCUAAUACUACUACUACUACUAAUGCUAAUAGUAGUAAUGGUGGUGGCGGUAUUCUGGCUACUAGUUUUCCGGAUCUCAUUGGCCCAUCAUUGCCGUGGCGCUAUCGUGAGCGGCGGCCAGUGGGGCGGGGUGCCUGUAGUACUGUAUGGACACUCAUUGAUAACACCACAGAAAAGAUUGUGGUUGGCAAACUCUCAGAUCUUGCACUUAUGAGUGAAACCAAUAAAAACUUUUCCCGUACAGAGGCUGUUAACAUUUCCAUGUGUGAACAUCCCAAUAUUAUUAAACUCCUUGAUACAUACGAGCGAAAUGAUAAACUACUGCAUAUUCUGGAAUACGCUGAUGCAGGGGACUUGAUGACGCAGGUAGAAGUACGUGGUAAUCACUUCACACAGAAUAAUAAUAAUAAUAAUAAUAAUAAUAAUAAUAAUAAUAAUAAUAAUAAUAACGGCAAUGGCUCUCAUAGUAAUGGAAGAUUAUCCAAUGUUGACAGAGAAAACUCACGAUAUACGCCGUGUUAUUAUCAAGAAAAGGAAAUUCUCGUCAUUAUGGCCCAACUGUGUCUUGCCGUCAAAUAUAUUCAUGAUAAAAAGAUCAUGCAUCGUGAUCUCAAAACACCUAAUGUCCUUCUUACCAAAAGUGGAUUAAUUAAACUUGGUGAUUUUGGGUUUUCACGUCAAUACGAUCAAAGUCUCUCUGCAGAUGUGGGACGAACUUUCUGUGGAACUCCCUAUUAUCUUUCCCCGGAGUUGUGGCGUCGUGAGAGUUACAGCUAUAAGGCAGAUAUCUGGUCACUUGGGGUGAUUCUCUAUGAAUUAAUGACACUGCGUAAACCCUUUUCCUCUACAGAUAUGAUGGAUCUCAUGCAGCGGGUUCUCACGGAGGGUAGUUACGAUCCCCUGCCCACAGAUCGUUACAGUCGUGGUUUGUGUGAUUUGUGUGGUGCGAUGUUGCGGGUGGAUCCACAUGCGCGUUUGAGUAUUACGGAGGUACUCGCCACGCCUGUGCUGCGGGAGGAGGGACUGCAGUUUUUGAAAACAAAUGUGCCGCGGCUGCGGGGGGUGGAUCAGGCGGUGCGGGAUCGAUUGGUGUGGGAGGUGGAAUGGGUGCAGCGGGGAUGCAGCUCAGGCACACCGCCGCCUCCUCUCAGUAGUAUUACUAAUAAUAAUAAUAAUAAUAAUAAUAAUAAUAAUAAUAAUAAUAAUAAUAAUAAUAAUAAUAGUAUUAAUAAUAAUAGUAUUAAUAGUAAUAGUAAUAGUAAUGCUGAGAAUCACCACAACUAUCAUCAUCAUCAUCAUAAGAGGGAAGAUAGCAGUGAGAUGACACGGUAG